AUGGAGCUCUCCUCAUCACACACGCCAAGAGGGGGCAGCUUUCUCACCCCCUCGCCAGCGGGCGCUGGCAGAAAGCGACGUGAGUCGCGCAAUCACCACGAUCCCGCAGGCGUAUCUUCAAUCAUCGAGUUGAUCGAUCCCUCCUCGCCCACAUCGAGUGGCCCAGCGUUUGAUGAGCUCAGAUCCUUCUUCCUGCGUACUCAACCUUCCGCGGCAUCUGUCAGCAGGCAGCUCGAUCACGAUUUUCAGAAGAAGGCCAAGCUCGUACACGAUCGCCUCAUUUCUCUUGUCGAUGAUGCUGACAGUCCCGGCACCUGGGCCACCUUCCUGCUCAAGUGGUGCGUGGGGCUGCUGGGGGCGCUCGAAGCCAAGUUGGCGGGCGCUGUGGGGCAACAGACCAGCAUCGAGGCCCACCUCGGGCGGCUGCACAACCUCUACCUCGCGAGCGUCAUCACGCGCUGCCUGGCCGCUCUCCAAACCGACGAACCGAACCGCGACGACGCAGCAGCAGCAGCGAAGAAGCGGGAAGAGCUCGAUGGCGCUGAACCGCUGGCGUGGCUCUUCCAAUCUGCCGCACGCGGCCCGCGCACCCUGGAGUGGCUGGUGGCCUUUGUUGGCCUCCACCGCCCGCGAGAAGUGAUGGACCACCUCCUCGCCUCCAUCUUCCGCGACGUCGUCGAGGGCCGAGCCACUAGCCACCCCCUUUCCGCCUCCUCCUCCUCGACCACAUCCUCUUCCGCUUCGUCUUCGUCCCUCUCGCCGGCCUGCUUCGGCGUUCACGCGAUCGAGUACCUCGCGCAGCGGCACCCGCAGCACUGCGUCGAUGCGCUGCGGGCGCACUGGGCUCGCUUCCUGCGCUACUCGGCAGCCGACCACGCGAAGGGGGACACCCACCUGUUGGGCCUCUUCGCGCUGGUCGCCUCGGCCUGCCCGACCGCCACCCAGCUCGCCCUCCCACUCGUGCUCGGCAGCCUCUCGAUGGCGACCCUCGACCGAGUCAUUACGCGGGAAGCCGACCUUCCUUCCCACCGACCAGGAAACAUGAGCCUGCUGGACCUCAUCUCGCAGGUGUUGGUUGCGCAUCUGCCGCACCUGGGGCCGAACGCGUGGCAGCUCGUGCUCCUGCUCGAAGCCCUGCGACGAAAGACCCAGUUCGUUGCCGCCGCCGACGAUUCGCUUUCACAUUCCUCCCUCUUGUCGCGUCUGUUACAGGAUGAGGGUGCGGCCAAGGGAGACGUCAAGAUGGAAGUCGAGGGUGGCGAGGGAAGCGCUGUCGCUCUCCCCAACCAAGCCCUGAUCGCCGCCGGUGCCGAGACACUGCUCGCCCGCACGCUCUUGGUGAUGCAAGACGCGUUGUUUGACGCACUGAGCUCGUCGGGCCUCCGAGACCGAUAUCUUGAUCAUUCGCUGUCAAACGACGGCAAGUCGGGAGGGAGGCUGUCGUUCCUCUACCACCUGCGCCAGCACAUCGGGCCGCUGGUCUCCCUCGCUCUGCCGUCUCAGACCACACAGGGCGACGCCGAUGCCGGCUCUCUCUUUGAACUGUUGCUCGUCCUCAUCGGCGUCGAGGGCGGCCAAAAGAGCGCGGGCGAUGUGCUCCACCACCUGUUCAUCGCCGCCGAUCACCGCCAGCCGCCGGCCCGCUCCCUCUCCCUGUUCCUGCGCGUGCGGUCCCGAUUCCUCAACUACUACCCCGACGUCUACCGGGUCUGCGUUCAGCGGGUGGUGGAGUCGAUGGCCGCGCUCGCGGACGACCGCCUGGUCGCCGUGCUGGCCAACUUUUGCUUCCUCCUGCGCGCCGACGAAGCCGCGGCCUCGCCACCAGCGCCGCAGCCCUCGCUGCAGCUGUCGACCGCCGCUCUGCUCGCCGACCACUGGGCGCAGCUGUUCGGCCUUCUCUACCGCCCGGCCCUCGGGUCGGCCGCCAGCGCGGUGGCCGCCCCACUCCCGCCGGUCCUCUUCCCGCUGCUCGAGGCCACCGUCGCCCACCUGGCCGCCGAGGGCGACGCCACCCUCUUCCACACCUGCAUCGAGCAGGUCCUCCUCUACUUCCUCGCCCUCCUGCCCUCCACGCCACCCGCGACCACGACCACACUCGUCACCACGGCAACUGCCACGGCAACCGCCACGGCAACGACGACGACGACGGCGACCGCCAGCAGCGGCACGUCAGCGGCGACGGACGCCAUUCCGCCGGUCGAGGCGGUGAAGCGGCUGAUCGUGAAGAUGACCGACGCCGCGCCUCAGUCCGCGCUUCCGCACAUCCUCGACCUCCUCUUUGACUUCAUCUUCUCCCCCGAAGCCGACGGCAUCGUUCGAAGGAAGCGAGAGGUCAUCAGGGCCACCAAGCCCUCGCGGCCAUCACCGACCGUCGUCGCCGGCUCGUCGACGCCGCCCGUCCUGCCGGCUCCGGUGAGCAAGUCGGUCUACGUCCCGCCCGCCAACGCCAUCUUCCAGCCCACCACCUCCUUCUUCUCCGCGCUUCCGCUCUUCUCUCACUCGCACCCGUCCUCCCUGUUUCUCGCCCCCUCGUCCACCACCCACGCCUCCUCAUCACCGCCCGCGUCUUCGUCUUCGCUUUCGUCUUCGUCUUCGUUCUUGUCGUCACCAGCGCAGCUCCGCGCGGAGCCGGGUGCGGCGGCGGGUACGUCGCUGCUCGAACAGAACCUCAAGCGGAGGGCGCACGACCGGAAGGACAGCCGCACGAGCCUCAGCAUCUUCGAAAAGACGCUCAUCAAGAAGCGAAAGCUCGGAUUCGACGCCGACUCCAGUCACUACCAGGACAAGGUGCUGCUGGAGGCCAUGCUGCUGCAGGACAACCAACGACACAUCAUCGACCUCCUCUCGCUCUGCGUUCAUCACAACGACGUGGAGCGACUGGGUGUGCUGGCCGACCUGUACCUGGCGCGGCUCAUGCGCACCCAGGACCCGACGCCCACCUACGAACAGUACAAGGAGGUGCUGCCCCGGCGGCCGACCUUCGCGCGCGACCAGUUCGUGCAGAAGAUCUUCACCCAGAACGCCAUCCUCGUGCCCCUCCUCGAACUCAUCGCCCGAGAGCCGUCGAUUCUGUACCGGUGUUUGGAGGUGAUACGGAGCCUCAUGGUGUACACGAUCUCGCACUGGCACGCCGAGAUCGCGCCCCAGCCAAAGACGUCGACCGAGUUCAGCUUCACGUGCCGCCUUCUCGAACUCCUUCGCAGCGCCAAAUGGCGAUUGUUGCUCAGCGGAGGCAUUACGGGUCUGGAGAAGAACAACGACGGUGAUACGCCCGUACAGGUGGCCUGCAAGAUGGGCCACAAGGACUUCGUGCUGAAGAUGGUGGAGCGCGACCCGGGGCUCUUCCUGCCCCAGCUGCUCCAGCUCGUCGCGCGCCUCGACCACCAGCUCGUCACCGCGCCGCUCGACAAGGUGCUGCUGGAGGCCAUGCUGCUGCAGGACAACCAACGACACAUCAUCGACCUCCUCUCGCUCUGCGUUCACCACAACGACGUGGAGCGGCUGGGCGUGCUGGCCGACCUGUACCUGGCGCGGCUCAUGCGCACCCAGGACCCGACGCCCACCUACGAACAGUACAAGGAGGUGCUGCCCCGGCGGCCGACCUUCGCGCGCGACCAGUUCGUGCAGAAGAUCUUCACCCAGAACGCCAUCCUCGUGCCCCUCCUCGAACUCAUCGCCCGAGAGCCGUCGAUUCUGUACCGGUGUUUGGAGGUGAUACGGAGCCUCAUGGUGUACACGAUCUCGCACUGGCACGCCGAGAUCGCGCCCCAGCCGAAGACAUCGACCGAGUUCAGCUUCACCUGCCGCCUUCUCGAACUCCUUCGCAGCGCCAAAUGGGUGCCGGCUCCGCUGUGCUACUGCGGGGAGAUCAUGGGCGAGAUCACGCCGGAGGAGAUCACGACCAUCCUGCUCGCCGUGUGGGACUUCCUGCACCACUCGCCGCCUUCGCCUAACCACUACUUUGUCUCGACCUACGAGCCCAAGUAUCCGCAGGAGGGCGAUGAGGACAAGAGGCAGCCGGUGGCGUGCAAUGUGGACCCGUUCAUGCGCACCCUGCGCAAUGUGCUGCGCCAGAACGUGGGCAAGGUCUCCCUCAGCUAUGCUCGUUUCUUCUAG